AUUGGGAAGUAGUUCAGAGCGAGAAGGAAGUAGAUAAGAGAUAAACCCAGAGAAAUCUCGAACAAAGAGAUCUCGAACAAGCCAGAGCUCUGUCACACACACACCUCGAUUCCCGCGGCCACCUGUAUUUUCCUCAGCCAGCACCAAGUGAGGCAGGAGCAUGUGGCUGGGCCCAGGUCUGCUCCUUCUCUGCCUGCGAGGCUGCUUCUCUCUGACCGGCCCUGACUCUGUGUCUGGCUACGUGGGAGGCUCUCUCCAGGUGCAGUGUCAAUACGGAGAGUCGUACAAGGACCACGUGAAAUACUGGUGUCGAGGACCGCACGACACAGAAUGCGAAACUCUUGUGGAAAUCAAAGGAAACGGGGAGGAAAAAAGGAAUGGCCGAGUGUCCAUCAGAGACCAUGCUGAGAACUUCACCGUGACAGUGACCAUGGAGGACCUCAGCCUGGAUGAUGCUGGAUCUUACUGGUGCAAGAUUCAGACUUUCUUUAUCUGGGAUUCCUGGUCACGUGACCUAGCAGUCCUUGUAAAGGUACAUGUUUUACCAGCCCCAACUACCGUGGAGACCACACUCCCAGCUACAACUCCCAUCCUCCCACUAGCGAACGCUGGACACCUGAGGGUUAGCAUCAUUGAGGUGUUCCUCCUCCAAGUAUGGUCCCUGCUCAGCAGCAUCCACUUCCAGGUCCUGGUCUUUCUGAAGCUACCACUGUUUCUGAGCAUGCUCUGUGCUGUCUUCUGGGUGAACAGGCUUCAGAAGAUCCCUGGGGGGAAUUUAGAAUGAGCUACCCAAGAGCUAUGGAAACAUCCCAGGAAUGCCCUGGGAGGGACUCAGCCCUGAUUCUGCAUGGAGGCAGCAGUGUUUGCAUUCUGGACUUCACUAUUCCCUCAUCUCAAGGGAGGAUCUUGACUAUCUAUGAGUCUUAGAUAUCUGACUCCUGUAGAGUCCUCAGCAUUAAAGAGGGAACAAGGCUGGCAGUAAUGGCACACACUUUUAAUCCCAGUGCUGGAGAGGCGGAGGCAGGUGAGGCUCUGUGGAUUCGAGGCCAGCUUGGUCUACAUAGUGAGUUCCGGGACAGCCAGGGCUACAUAAUGAGACAGUCUCAAACAUCCCCCACCAAUCCCAAAAUGGGAACAAGACUUCUCUGGGCCCUAUGUUGGAGGCCCCCCCUUUCCCCCCUUUGCUAGAUUUCUUGGAUUGUGCUCUCACGUCAGCUUAUCCAAAGGAUAAGAAUUCUCUAGAAGGUUCUUGAAUACAAGCCUAGCCUCUUGAUCACUGUGACAUAAAAACAUCUCAGGUCAUUGUCUCCAAUGGCAACAGCCACCUCCUUCCUGCAGUGAAGAGGUUCCCUGAGGAACAUGUUUCUAUUAGACUUGGAUCCUGGGUCAUGAUCUCUCUUCUAGAACAAAUCCCAGAGGAUUUGGUUUCUAUCUGAGCAUCUUCACUGCCCACUCUUUCAAACACACAGCAUUUUUUUCCUUGUCUGAUCCUUUUAGCUCACCAUGAUCUUGAGGUCUCCUUAUGUCCCCAUGACCAGAGAGCGUGUGUCCGAGUUCGGCAUGUGCUUGGCUGGACUGAAAAUAGCUUGAAAGUGAAGCUCAAGUGUUUUUCUUUUCCAUAUCAUCAGUAGGGAAAGAGACAGUGAGUGCCCUGAUGCCACUCAAUAUUUCUGGGGGGUCUUCUGUGCAUAGUGUUAACUGAGGGUCCAUCUUUGUUCAUUUUAGAAAUUGGCUGAGUCCACCUUGGGGAGAAAGACAGAUAUCCAGAGACAGGUGUGGGGCCAGUGGUGAGGAGAUAUCACAUCGUCUGGGCAUCCACUGGACUUCCUCAGCUCAGAACGUGGCCGAUUUGUUGACUGCUUGCCAGUUUCUUCCUUAAUUCUCUUUGCAGGGGACCUCACAGGGUUAGCCACAGCAUCAGCAUCUCCAUCCUUGAUGCUCUUUGCAGGGGACCUCACAGGCUUAGCCACAGCAUCAGCAUCUCCAUCCUUGAUGCUCUUUGCAGGGGGCCUCACAGGCUUAGCCACAGCAUCACCAUCUCCAUUUACCCCAGACAUUCAGGUCAGACCUCUCUCUCCACCCUCAGGCUCAAGCCUGCCUUGAGUUAGUGGUAUUCAUUUCCAAAGGGAGGACACAUGUAUAGGAGCAUCAUAAGUGGAUGUAAAGACCCAGGGAGGUAACUCUCACAAUGAUAGUUCUCCAUGGAGCCUCCACACGCUGACAGAGCACACCAUAUAUGUAGUUUCUUAGGGUGAAGCAUGUCUGUCAGUCCAGCAUGGUGAAGCUUUUCUUCUAGAAGUUCAGAUGGAGUGUUUGGAUUCAGCAUCAACUCUUGCUUGUAUUUUUUUCUGAACAUUGGUUACACUUGAGCACACCAAGAUCCUGGAUGUAAUAGAAGAAAGAUUAGUGUGGGAAAGAGAGGGGAAAGUUUGAAUGAUGCAGAGGCUAGUGACUGCAUUAUCAGACAGAGGGUGUCAGCGAAGAGCUUAGAGGUGUGGGCUAGCAGAAUAUUGAGGGCUGGAGAGAAAGAAACAGGGAGAGAAUAGCUGGUGUGCCCAGAGAUAGGUGAAAUUACCAGGUGAGCAUUCAGGACCAAGAACAGAGCUCUGGAAGUGAGGUGAAGCAACUGAAGUAAGCGUUCAGGACCAAGGACAGAGACCACAGAGGCUCUUUGCGCCAACCAUGAAUGUUUCAGGAGGGAA